AUGCGUAAGCGGUUUAUGGACAUCGCAUAGAUAAUACAAUUUUUUUUCAGAUGUAAAUCAUCAACAGUAUCCCGCGCGGCUCAGCGACGACGAGGUUUUCAUUUUCUUCGAGAGGGAAGCGCCAGCGCGGUAUCAUCAAAAGCAUGUUGUGUAAGGAACAAAAAUUGACGUACUUAACAAACUGUCAAGAAAAUAGUGAGCGCUCUGUCGCAUCGAAACUCGCAUCGCCGCCGAGAAAAAAUAAUUACGGCAAAAUCAAAUUGCUUUUCACUUCCGCGACAUUGCGCUCACGGUUUUCCCGACAGACUGAUCUGCAGCUUUCCGGUGAUUUUUAGGUUCCCCAAGAAUUACUUCAAUAUCACGGUAAAUUACCUUCCAUAUGCUGAUGUCCCGAUGCCGUAUGGAACGUACUCUAAGAUAGGCACGUCUAAAACAGUAAGCACGACUUGACAAGGCGCUUAACACAUUUUAGAUGGAAGAAUUCAAAGCUGAUCUACUGGAGUCAGUAAAAAGCCGGACGAAGGGAGUUUACAAAGUUUUCUCGCAUUGUAAGACCCAAAGCCGUCGAGAAAAUCUCAUCAGUGAAAUGCAAAGGUAGUGUUUUUGAUGCGUUUUCUUGAAAUCUCAGUCUGUCGAGGAAAUAAUGAUCGCUACGCCAACCGCGUUGCCGAAUUGAAAAACGACUUGAUUUCAUUUUCUUGGCGGCAAUGCGAUUUUUGAUGCUACAGUGUGCUCAUUAUUUUCCUGACAGAUGGAUAUAUUGAAACCUCUGUGCAACGAACUCAAAAACAGCCAAGCCAGCCAAAAGCGUAAUUCCAAUGGUCCGAAAGUCACUUUUGGCCAUCAGUCUGUCGGGAAAUGAAUGUGGAUUUGUCAUAGCGAUUCAAUGCCCCGCACGGCAACCCAAAAUAGAACAAAAAUGUCUCCCGCCCACUUUUGAAUUUCGUCCAAACGAAGUGUCAAAAUUCCCAAAAGAAAUAAAAUAAUUCCGAGAAAAAUAUUUUUCGGUCCGAAAACCACAUGAAAAAUUCAUUUUUGACAUUUCGUUUGAAUUCAACCGAUACUAGGUGGGCGAAGCGCCGAAACGAGGCGGGAGACUCCCUGGGUUGCCGUGCCCCGCCUAGUCACAGUUGCGCAACAAAUCCCCAGCCACGGCUAGUCGUCGCAAAACGAUAAUGCGAUUCCAAAACGCGACAAAUCCACGUUAUUUUCCCGACUGACAGAUACAAUUGAAAAAUCUUUUUGGCCCUUUUUAUUCGCUGUGCAGAGACUUGACUGCAUUUUUUGGAUUUCUUUUGCCUCUGAUUUUUUGGCAAUACCCUCACUAUCUUCAGGUACAUGCCAAUUGAUUUAUACGGGAAGUGCGGGAAUAUGACCUGCGAUAAAGAGUGCUUCAAAGAGAACAAAGAAAAGUAUCGAUUCUACUUGGCAUUUGAGAACUCGCUAUGUGAUUACUAUUCCACCGAGAAGUUUUAUCAAUUCAACUCGCUGGUCCCGAUCGUUAUGUCAAGGAAGUUCUACAAACAUCUUCCUCAAGACUCGUUUAUUGCGGUCGACGAUUUUCGGUAAGCUAACGCGUUUUAAGCUAGCUAGGUAUCACAGAGGAAGUACCCCAAGUGCGACGCUCAGAUUUUGAUGAAAAGUUUAUACAAAUUUAGACAAAUUUAUUCUGAAACAUACGCGAGAUUUCUAGCUCACGAUUUGCAGAAAAGACCAAGAUUUUUAGACCGAAAAAUAUGGGAAAAAAUUAAAAUUUUUUUCGAUUUUUGGCGCGAAACUUGUGACGAAUAUCGUUGAAUAUCUCGGCUGGGCCUGAAAAGCGCGUGCUAAAACAUUGUGCUCAUUAUUUUCCCGACAAACCCAUAUUUUUUAUUUAGGUCGUUGUCUCAUCUCGCCAAGUAUAUUCAACAUCUAAUGACAAAUGACACCGCUUACAUACAACAUCUUCUCUGGAAAUACGAGAGUGAGAGAUCUUUUAGUCCAUUUUAUUUGGCGAUGUGUAAAGUCUGCAGCUAUGUGGCGGAGAACAAAGGCAGAAAGGUGUUACAUUAUGACGUUGAGGAGUACUCGAUACCAUCGCGGACGUGUGUCAAUCUCACAAAUUAUAGAUAG